GCGCGAUUCAGAAAAGGAUGGGGGGUCACUUUUCCUUGAGAGUGCUGUUUUGUGGGACUAAUGUGCGAGAAACAAAAUGUGAUUUAUAAACAGUUGUACACCCUGCGCAAAUGAAAAAAAAAGGUUAUUUUUCCCCUCGUAUUUUUUGUUUCGUCUCUUCUUCCUCCUCAAUAGCUGUGAAAAAAAAAGCUUAAAAGAAGAAGCCCCUGCCCUCAGGUCAACUUACACAGAUGGGACGGAAAACUGUCUGUGCGUUUUAAAGUGGAAAGCUUAAGAUCUCCUUUGAAUCUCUCAAGAAAGAAGGCAAGAAAGAUUGUGUUAUGAAAGAAAGUGGACGUAGAGUAAGUGUGACUGUGUGCCUCGGAUUAGGCAGGCUGGAGCCUCCAGAGCGACCUGCCAUGUGUUGCCGGACAAACCGAUAGAAUCCCUGAUGUUUCACUCCGUUGUGCUGUCAUGCUGACUUUAACGAGUGUGAGCUCGUGCUGCUGAUCUCGUGCUUGUUAAGUUGCCGGAGUUUACUUUGAAGAAUUGGAACAAUGGCAUUGUUGCAGUCUUUGGCAAAGAGGACGGGUUUUAGGAGAGCAUGCGUUUUAUUGCAAGUUUCCAGUAUGUUUCUGUUGUGCCUGAUAUCGCAAGCGGCGCAAGCAACAGAUGUUGAGUACCGCGUAACAGACCCCUUUGAUGUUUCCCAAAACACUGAAUAUGAAAUUGUUACUCCAUAUGAAGUUAACCAAGAUGGACUCUACAUCUCUCACACAGUUGAUCAUCACCACAGAAGGAAACGGUGGGCCAUCAAUAUGGCGGAUGCAUCCAUCCAUCUUAAACUGCAUGGCUUUGGCCAAGAUUUUCACUUAGAACUUCAGUCAUCCAAAAAUCUUCUAGCCCCUGGAUUUAUGAUUCAGAUGUUAGGGAAAAAUGGAACAACACACGUUGAGACUUACAAGGAGGAUGACCUUUGUUUUUAUCAAGGAUCACUGAGAUCCAAAAUGAAUUCUUCUGUAGCACUUUCUACAUGUAAUGGCAUGACAGGUUUGAUCAGGACGCAGGACGCGGAUUACUUCUUGAAGCCUUUACCCCUGCAACUUGCACUUAAACGGAACUACACGGCCCCCACUGGACACCAGCCCCACGUCCUCUACAAGAGAUCCACUGACAAUCAGAAACCCUUAGUGGACAAUGAAGUCCUAAUGGCGAGACGUCCCAGGCGCUUUGAUUUCUACAGAGGAGGAAACCAAAGUCGGAGCGAGCACAGCGACUACAAGCAUGGACGGCUUCAGAAGCAGCAUUACUGCGGAAGGCGCAAGAAAUAUAUGCCCAAGCCUCCAGAAGAAGACAUUUACAUUUUGCCAGAUGAAUAUAAGUACUUAUCCAGAACCAAACGAUCAGUAAUGUUCAAGUCCCAUAGGAACAAGCAGCUGAAUGUUGAGACUCUGGUGGUAGUGGACAGGAAGAUGAUGGAAAACCAUGGAAAUGAAAAUAUAACUACUUACGUCUUAACUAUUCUGAAUAUGGUUUCUUCCCUUUUUAAAGAUGGGACUAUAGGAGGAAACAUCAAUAUUGUGAUUGUGGGAUUAAUUCUUCUUGAAGACGAUCAGGCAGGACUGGUCAUCAAUCACCAUGCUGAUCACACUUUGAACAGCUUCUGCCAGUGGCAGUCAGGACUAAGUGGGAAGGAUGGAAGCCGCCACGAUCACGCCAUUCUUUUAACCGGAUUGGAUAUCUGCUCCUGGAAAAACGAACCCUGCGACACUUUAGGUUUUGCACCCAUCAGUGGAAUGUGUAGUAAAUACCGGAGCUGUACCAUUAAUGAAGACACCGGACUUGGACUGGCAUUCACUAUUGCCCAUGAAUCUGGCCAUAACUUUGGGAUGAUUCAUGACGGUGAAGGCAAUGUCUGUAAGAAGUCUGAGGGCAACAUAAUGUCUCCCACAUUAGCAGGCCACAAUGGAAUCUUUUCUUGGUCUGCAUGUAGUCGGCAAUAUCUGAACAGAUUUCUAAGCUCUGCCCAAGCCACCUGCCUAGUAGACGAGCCCACGUCCACGAGGGAGUACAAGUAUCCGGAGAAGCUUCCAGGGGAGCUGUAUGACGCCGACACCCAGUGCAAGUGGCAGUUUGGGGAAAAGGCCAAACUCUGCACUCUGGACUUCAAAAAGGAUAUAUGCAAGGCAUUGUGGUGUCACCGAGUUGGCAGGAAAUGUGAAACAAAGUUCAUGCCGGCUGCUGAAGGGACUGCAUGUGGCCCUGAUAUGUGGUGUCGUCGAGGACAGUGUGUGAAACAUGGAGAUGAAGGCCCCCGAUCUGUUCAUGGCCAUUGGUCAGACUGGUCCAAAUGGUCUACCUGCUCCAGGACAUGCGGUAGUGGGGUGACGUACAGAGAACGGCAGUGCAAUAACCCAAGGCCUGUGUAUGGUGGAAGGUUCUGUGAAGGCUCCUCUCGGGUGUACAAAUUGUGCAAUACUCAGAUGUGUGACCCGGGCAGCGUUGAUUUCCGAUCCAAGCAGUGUGCUGAAUUUAACAGCAAGCAGUUCCGAGGCUGGCAUUACAACUGGAAACCUUAUACUCAAGUUGAAGAGCAGGACGCCUGCAAGCUCUACUGUUAUGCUGAAGGCUAUGACUUCUUCUUCGCUCUCUCCAGUAAGGUGAAAGAUGGCACCGCCUGUUCUGAAGAAAGCACAAACGUGUGCAUUGAUGGAACAUGUGAGCAAGUUGGCUGUGAUCGCAUUUUGGGUUCCAGUGCUGUGCCAGAUAUCUGUGGAGUCUGCAAAGGCAACAAUUCAACAUGUAAAAUCUACAAAGGCCAUUACAGCAAGCAGCACUACAACAACCAAUACUACCACGUUCUAACUAUUCCAGCAGGAGCUCGCAGCAUUCGUGUAUUUGAGAUGAACAGCUCCAGUUCCUAUUUAUCUGUGAGAAAUCUGCAGCAGAAGUAUUACCUUAAUGGACAAUGGACAAUCGAUUGGCCUGGUCGACACAAAUUCGCCGGAACAAUCUUUGAGUAUAAGCGGCCAUACCAUCGCCCAGAGACCCUUUCGUCAUUAGGACCAAUUAAUGAGACCCUGAUUAUUGAGAUUCUCCUGCAAGGCAGAAACCCUGGCAUAGGUUGGGAAUAUACACUUCCAAAGUCGGAGCCUGACAGGAAGCCAAUACCAAAGCACAACUUCACCUGGGCCAUCGUCCGGUCUCAGUGCUCUGUGUCCUGUGGUGGAGGCCAGAUGACUACAAAAGCAGCCUGCUACAGGGACCUCCAAAUGCAAGUGAACACCUCGUUCUGCAACCCCAGGACACGUCCCAGGACAGGAGUGGUUUCCUGCAGCACCCAGACUUGUCCUCCAAGCUGGAGAUCUGGCGACUGGGGGGAGUGCAGCCGGAGCUGUGGAGCUGGUGAACAGAUGAGGGCUGUCAGCUGCGUCCAGAAGACACCUAACCACGAUAUGCAGGCGCUGGCGGACUCCAAGUGCCAGGCACCAGUCCCCCUACGCAGGCAAUCAUGCAACAUGCACAGCUGUCCACCUGCUUGGAGUGUUGGACCAUGGUCUGAGUGCUCCCGUAAAUGUGGCAAAGGGCAGAAGAAGAGAACAGUGGUGUGUAAGAGCACGAACCCGUCUCCAAAGCCACAAAUCCUUCCAGACAGUGCUUGCAUUACAGAGGAUAAGCCCAAAUCACAAGAAAGCUGCUUUCUGAAACGUUGCCAGAAGCACAAAAAAGUCCAGUGGUUUGUCUCCACCUGGCAAGAGUGCUCUGUAACUUGUGGUAAAGGCAUUCAGAAGAGGCUCCUGAAAUGUGCUGAAAAGGACGAUGAAGGAAAAUAUAAAGAGCUUGCGGCAAAAAAAUGUCAGCAUAUCCCGAAGCCGUCUUUAGACCUCGAGAAGGAAUGUGACCUUCCUGCCUGCCCCAGGCCAGCCGCACCUCAGCUUCCCAGCAGUAGUUUAGCCAACUGGUACACCUCUCCAUGGUCUCAGUGCACAGUGACCUGCGGAGGUGGUGUUCAAGCUCGCUCCGUGCAAUGCUUGGCUUUUGGUAGACCAUCCUCAGGAUGUCUCCUUCAUUCAAAGCCGGUGAUGUCUCAAGCCUGCAAUACCAACUUCUGCCCAUCAUUGGAAAAAAAAGAUGUCACCUGCAAGGAUCAUUUCAGCUGGUGCUACCUUGUUCCCCAGCAUGGAGUUUGCAAUCACAAGUUUUAUGGCAGGCAGUGCUGCGCUUCGUGCUCUCAGUCAAACCUCUAAGUCCUGAUGAACAGUUUGCCGGAUUGGAGAGAAUGUCAUUUCUCUCCCUAGGAAGCAGCCACAUAACUGUAAGUCUCACCCAAGCUUUUCUGGUAAGGUCGCCAAACUGCAGAACAGAGCUGGACUUUUUUUUUAAGUUUUGCUGACAUGGUGAAAAUUCCAAAUAGCGACGACUGGACGUGAGCUUUCCGGCCUUGCCAACCUGGACCACCCCACCCACCCCCCCCUCAUUUUGAGUGUUUAAGCACUGUUAAGGUCCACGUGAGAAGUCUUAAAACAAGAUCUUUGGACCGAGAGAAGUAACGUCAAAAGGAAGAGACACAUACGCCAUUUAACAGCCCUGCACAGACUUUGCCAUUAGAGGAAACUGAAACAGGCUGAUCUACAUGGCUGAUCUGGUCCCGCUCUUCUCAAAUUAGUGCUGCGCUUGUCUGAGGGGGCCGUGUUUGAAGCUUUUUCUGAUGCCUAAGAAUGUUUCUUCAGACAAGUCAAAAGGUCACUGACCAGCAAGUACACAGCUGUGUGCAGAGAACCAUGGCGAGGUUUGCUUUUUCCUUUCACAAUAGAAAUCACAAUGUGCCUGGGUUGUCUUUUGGUGUUCUGCAACGGAGGGGAACAAAAUAAAAGGGCUGAUUAUAACCUGUUUGUUUUACCUCAUCCACCAUUGAGAGAAGCCAAGUGCCAACCCUGCGGCGUGCCACAGCUUCACGGCCUGUCGUCGGCCACUUCCUGGAGAUUUGAUUUCAAUACAAUGGUGCUAUUCUGAGUUCUGCUGACAAGGAGAAUGGUCCUGAGUUGUUACGUGUGCGGAGGUCUCAGAGAUAAGACUCGUCCCCAUGGCACAUUGACGAGGCACAGUAGAGAGGAACGCCAGCCUACGGAUGGUUUUAUUUCUAUGGAAGGGUUUUAACGUCUUUCUUCUGUGCGGUUUUUGCCAUUUCAAUGGACCCUCUGCUAUCUUUCAUUGCGUAUUGUGGCCUGAAUAUACGAAAUGCAUUGCAGAUAAGCUCUUUUUUUUUGGCUACUUCUCGGCUUUUUACAGUAGAUGUUAAAUUUGCAAUUACACAUUUUCAGGAGUACAGAGCAAAAUGAGAAUGCAAAAUAUAACCUUCUGAACUUCAGAUUUCUUCUUUCUUCACAUGUAAGCACUGAAGCACUCGGCACUCUGGGGGUACGCUGCACACUUGGAAAAAUGCCACCUCACCUAGGGACAGUUUCAUUUCGGAUGAUGCUGUUAUUUAAGAAUUUUACGGUGCAGCUGUACGGUAGUAUCGAUAUUUAUGGAUUUCUGAAAUUUUUUAAAUAAAUUUUUAAUAAAAAGUUUUGUUUGCA